AUGUACACCCAGCAGCAACAGCGCUCUGCCAGUCCAGCCCAGCCUCAGUACAACAAUGCGCCUGUUAGCAACUCACGCAGCGCAAGUAUGACCACUAAGGCGAACCAGCAGUAUGGCGAUUACAAUGCUCGACAGCUCCCUAGCGUUGCUGCUGAAGCCUCGCGUAACUCUCAGAACGCCACAUCGUCAACGGCCUACAACUACGGCAACGCGCAAAUGCCUUCUGCGAUCGUGCCGCCACCACCGGCACCGGCCACCAGUAUAGCGGACACAUACAGUGCGCAAGGCACCACCACUGUAGACCCCAUGGCAGUUUACGAUCCAUGGCCAGAAUAUCAGCGAAAGCAGGCUGCGCAACAUGCGAUUCUAGAUGCAGCGCGCGCAGAAGAAGAGAGGAUCGCCGAGGAGACGCGCAAAUCAGAGGAGCAAAAGAGGGAAGAGGAACGCAAACAACAAGAGGAGGAGGAGGCCAGGUUGCGCGCGUCACAACCCAAGCCAAGAGCGAAGAAGGUGCAAAAACAGCAAGCGAAUGCGACGGAAGCAGCUUCUGCAGCAUCUAGUGCCGACGGCCCUGCUGAAGCACUAGAGAGCGAGAUCCGAGCGAUGAUGGCUAAGAUGAGAGAGCUAAACAGCAAAGACCCGGCACUCCUAGCUCGAAUCUGGGAAGAAGAACGCAGAGCGAAAGCGCCCAAGUCUCCGACUGCGCAGAACAAACCCGCUCCUCAGUCUGCCACCCCGCAACCCGCACAGGCUGCUCAAACCGUCACGCCCCAAGCGGCGAACUCGAAGAAGAAGGCGACGCCCAAACCAGCAGCGAAGCCAGCGACGCCUGCCGUACCUCAAGCUUUCCCCGUCAGACAAGUACAACCGACCCCCACUCGACCCACGGGUAACACUCACUGGCCACCCGAGAAGAAGGCACAUCUGGCGAGCGCAGCAGCAGCAUAUCUCAACGCCCAAAAUGACGUUCGCAAAGUUGAACCCAGCCAGAUAUUGGGCCUACUCAACAGCAACCCUUCCUACAUCGAGUUGUGCGAACAACUAGAGCAAAUGGGUCUGAAGCUAGAUCGCGCAGUGUUUGCCAAGAGCCUACUCACAGCAGUACCAGAUGUGAAUUCUGCAUCUCGCAAGGCAGUGCAGGCGGCGCCAGUUCCAGUUCAAAAACCGCCAGUGCCGCCUGCCGUCAUGAGAAAGGAAGUCGCGACCCCCGUUGCGCCAACCCCUCAAUAUACACCAGCAACUGCCUCACCAGCGAACGGAAGCUCUUACCCGUCAUUCCCAGGGAGCGCGUCGCCUGCACCUGCACCCGCGCCUGCACCCGUCGCCGAGAUGGUGCCAAUCAAGCCCGAGCUGAGAAAGCCAGCAAACAAGGAAGAGGCUGCUCGCAAACGCAAUCUGAGCGAUCUCAUCGAUUUGUCUCAACUUUCCGAAGAGGAAGACAUGGGCCCGCCGCGCAAGAGAAUGAAUGCAGACCCUUACGCAUCAUAUUCGCAUCAAGAUGCCAUGGCCGUCGAUGAAGAGCCUUCCACCCCGAACUUCCCCAUAGCAAACACUCCCUCAUAUCAGCCACAAGCAUCUGCGCCGCCGCCAGUUCAUCCGCCGCCUAAUGAACUCAGGUACCAGGUUUAUGUUGAACCACUUGAGAAGAAGAAUGCUCUCCGUCGAAACACAUACAACCCUGCCACGAUUGCAAGGGAUGUACUCCUCGCUUGUGGGCGCCAUCCGUCUGAGCGCAAUCUGAACCAACAUCUAGAUGGACUGAGGACCACAUUACCGCAGAUAACUUGGGAAUCGGAUCUUAGUACAAUCAGGUGGGACUUGAUUGAUCCAGGAAGACCCCCGCCAGGGUAUUUCAAAGACGGCGUUCAAGCCUUGACUGAGGAUGCAGACGAUGAGGAAGACGAGUCCGACGACGAUGAAGCGCGUCGUGUCCGCGCUCCGCCCAGUGCGAUUGGUGAAGGUGGGGCUCAGAAGGUCCAAGCUCUACCCGAAGCCAUCAAUCCGUUUAAGCAGAAGCGCCGCGGUCGCCCUCGACGCUCCCUCCCCAACGGUGCGGGUCCAGGUCCAGCGACACCCAAACGUCCGAGCAACCCCGUUUCUAUGAGCCAAAGUGCCCCACGCCCUACUUCCGGUGCGGCUGGUGUUGGGUAUCAAGCAUUCCGCUCCGCUACGGAGUAUGGGCCUGAUGGCAAGCCACUGCCGAAGAAGAAGGGCCGCCCAAUUGGGUGGAGGAAGGCAAUCCAUGGAUCUCCGGCUGCGCAGUCUCGUCCAGCUCUGAACGGUCACACAGGUCCCCUCAAGCACCAGCCGCCGCAACCAAGCUCAUUGCGCAACGAGCCCAUCCGUAUCAGUUCCCGGUCGCCGAGUGUUGCAAACCAUAUCCCGCAGUACCGAUCGUAUAAGUGCAAGUGGCAGAACUGUCAGGCGGAUCUACACAAUCUAGAGACGCUUCAAAAGCAUAUAUACAAGGUGCAUCGCAAGGAGACUCUGGAAUGCUUGUGGGAUGAUUGCGGCAAAGAAGUCACCAACUACGACCCUAUGACUAACAUGAGCAUCGAGCGUCAUCAGCCUUAUUCCUUCGAUCUAGAGAGCAACUGGCGCAACCACAUACACGGAGCCCAUAUCAGUCCUCUGUCAUGGCAGCUUGGUGAUGGGCCGACUGGGGGUCUCUCUGACUCGCAUGAUUCUGAGGCAUAUCUCAGCGAUGCGCAGGGACGUCAAGUCACACCACGUAUCACAGUCGAGCCCGAGCGAAUAGAAGCACUGAGCAUGUCACCACAGGCACCUGUUGGCCAAGGUCGCGGUCGCGGACGUCCACCCAAGCGUUCAGCGGAAGAAGAAGCCCGCGAUGCGCAUGAAAGACUUGUGUCGCUCAAGAAGCGCAUUGGUGGACCCGGCAUGGAUCGUGGAGGCGUAACGCUUGCCAACGAGAAGCGUCGAAGGGGUUUCAUCGAAGGCGACGAGGAAGAGGAGGAGCUGGUAGAUGCUGAGCAUUGA